AUGUCGGCCUCAGCAGUUCUUUCAAGAGCUUCAUCUCGCGGGGUGGCUUCGUGCCUGAGGAGCAGUGGUAUUAAGAGUGCUGGCUUCUUGAGAGUUAGGAAUCAACCUCAAUGCCUUUCUGCGCUCUCCCGAUACUAUGCCUCAAAAUCAUACCCCCCUCACACCGUCAUCACCAUGCCAGCGCUCUCCCCUACGAUGACCUCAGGUAACAUUGGGACAUGGCAGAAGAACCCCGGUGACACUAUCAGCCCUGGAGAUGUUUUGGUUGAGAUCGAGACGGACAAGGCUCAGAUGGACUUUGAGUACCAGGAGGAUGGUGUCCUGGCCAAGGUCCUGAAGGAUAGCGGAUCGAAGGAUGUCGCUGUCGGAAACCCCAUUGCCAUCCUUGUAGAGGAGGGUGAAGACAUCAGUGCCUUCGCCGACUUCACUGUUGAGAGCGCUGGCGGCGAGUCCAAGGCUCCACCACCACCAAAGGAAGAGGCCUCUGAGUCUUCUGAGCCCCCCAAGCCUGCCCCCACCAGUGUGAAAUCUGAGGAGCCAACCUCCAGCGGCGGCAAACUUGAGACUGUUCUUGACCGCGAAGGACGUAUUGCGAUCUCGCCUCUCGCCAAGAAGCUUGCUCUUGAGAAGGGUAUUGCUUUGAAGGACAUCAAGGGAUCUGGUGAGGGUGGACGCAUCACCAAGGCCGAUGUUGAAAAGGCCAAGCCCAGCAAUGUUUCCGCGGCUGCCGCCCCCAGCGGAGCUAACAGCACCGAUGUCCCAUUGACUUCUAUGCGUAAGACCAUCGCCAGUCGCCUUACCCAGUCUAAGAACACCAACCCCCACUACUACGUUUCCAGCACCCUCUCUGUCGGAAAGCUUCUCAAGCUUCGCGAGGCCCUUAACGCUACGGCCAAUGGCGAGUACAAGCUUUCGGUCAACGACUUCAUGAUCAAGGCUGUUGCUGCGGCGCUUAUCAAGGUCCCUACCGUCAACUCCUCCUACCGUGAGGAUGAAGGCGUGAUCCGCACCUUCAACACCGCCGACAUCUCUGUUGCCGUUGCCACACCAGUCGGACUUAUGACCCCCAUUGUCAAGGGCGCCGACUCAAGGGGAUUGGCUUCUAUCUCCCAGGAAGUCAAGGCCUUGUCUGGAAAGGCUAGGGAUGGUAAGCUGAAGCCGGAGGAGUACCAGGGUGGUACCUUUACCAUCUCCAACAUGGGAAUGAACCCCGCCGUUGAGAGGUUCACAGCUAUCAUCAACCCCCCACAGGCCGGUAUCUUGGCUGUAGGAACAGUCAGGAAGGUCGCUGUUCAGGGUGCGGAUGGUGGUAUUCAGUGGGAUGAUCAGAUUGUUGUCACUGGAUCUUUUGAUCACCGGGUUGUUGACGGAGCUGUCGGUGGUGAGUUCUUGAAGGCUUUGAAGAACUUUGUUGAGAACCCACUCGCGCUGUUGCUGUAA